AACAAACAAUUUAAUAAAACUUGGAUUUUUUAGAACACAAUUUUACAGAUGACGGAGGUAGAGGGCGGUGCUGCGCUGGCGUGGCGGCUGCUGGCGACACUCGAAGGCGGCUCUCUGCUGUUGGUCACCUCCGCGCUGUUGGCGUACACAGCUCGGUCCAAAGUAACCGCCCGCCACCGGGUACCUGUAAAAAAUGUUGUAAUAACGAAUAGCACGAGCACAUUGGCACAAGAAAUAACCAAGCGAUUGACAGCGCGCGGCUGUACCGUGAACACAGUGACUAGCUCAGCGACAAGCGAAGCGAUUUCUGUAAAAGCCGACGCGUUGGUGAUAAUAGGGGCGGAAAUGAAACAAAGUGGCCUGGAUAGCCUCACACAAUUAAUUGCCGAGGAUGUAUAUUAUAAUGUAAAGUUACUGGAGAGCUUGUCACCGCUGGUCCGCACGGGUGGGUGUGUGGCAUGGGCUUGCGCGGGCGCGGCGAGCGGGGCUUUUGGCGGUGCGACCAGCGCAUACGACGCCGUGCUCAAGGCCAGCUUGCAACAUAUUGCAAAAAGUCAACACUGUGAGCCAAUCUGGACGGAUCGAUGUGAUGAUUGCGAAGUGGCUGCGGAACGAAUAGUCACCUCGCUUUUGCCUUGUGCCGGUCAACAAUCAAUAACAACAUUCUGCCUCAGAAAUGCGGUUCAGAAACUCGGCGAAUAUGUUGGUAGAUGGCUCAAGAUUGUAUCGUGAGACUGCUCAAGCACAUGUGAUAAUUUAUCCAUUUUAAGAUACUUUUAAAGGAAGAUGAUGUUUUUUAAUGUUUACUGUAGUAUUACUAAAUACAUAUGAUAA